GUGCAAUCGGUUCUUUGUUGAAAUUAGUGUAUUAACAAGAUGUUUAAAUUAAGUUUGGCGGUACUUCUGGUAGUACUGUUCGAUAUUAUAAAUGGUUACACCUUUAGAAAAGGUUUUGAAGGUAGUUACAGUACAGGUAAUGAUGUUCGGAAUCGUUAUUUGGGAUUCAGAGCUGGCGAUGUUGAGAAGAAAUGCGUUUGUAUGAAUUGGAGGGCGUGCCAAGGUACCAUUGAUUCGUAUCCAUCCGAACCAUGUAGGCCCAGUUACGCGUUUGUCUGUUGCAUACAACCGGAUCCAGAACCGAAUCCAGGCGGACACAUUGACAGUUACGACUGUCAAGAGGACCAACUCGCAGAAUUAGAAAUACCCGGCUUAGAACUAAUUCCAAAUCAAAAUACAUGCGAUUAAAAUCAUUUGUAUACAUUAAUAUGAAAAAUAAAUAAUCCCCAAUAUGUUUCCUUCGGAAUCAACAUUAUUUAUUGCGAGGUCGUAGAAAAAAUAUAGUGCGCAACACGCGAUAAAAUUUGGUGUUUUUUUUUUGUGUAAAAGCACGUUUCGUACUUACCCAAAUGUUUUCUUUCGUUUUCCACGUCUGCAUAAUCUAACAAACUGUCGUUUAUUGUGAAACUCAAUCCCGCCGGUUUUCUUGGAGGAACGUUUUCCUCGUCGCUAUUAUCAUCCGAUUGUUUUAUGUCUUGUUCGGAUUUUGCCAAACGUCCCCACGUCCAUUCGGCUUCUACCGUUAUCAACGUUAUCAAAUCUUCUACUCUUAUCACUACUUUUUCCGUAAUCGCUAGAACUUCGUCCUGCAACCAAACGAAUCAACAAAAAUUCAAAUGGUAACAAUAGAAUUUGUUUGAGACAUACUGUAUAUUACAUAGUUUAUGUUCACAUCACAUCUGUAUAGUAUAUAGUUUAUAUUCAUUUCUUGGGACAUACUGUAUAGUGUAUGGUUUGCAUUCAUUUCUUGGGACGUACUGUAUAUUAAAUAAUUUGUGUUCAUUUCUUGGGACAUACUGUAUAUUAUAUAGUUUGCGUUCAUAUCUUGGGACGUACUGUAUAGUGUAUGUUUUGUGUUCAUUUCUUGGGACAUACUGUAUAUUGUAUGAUUUGUAUUCAUUUCUUGGGACAUACUGUAUAUUGUAUGGUUUGUGUUCAUUUCUUGGGACGUACUGUAUAUUAAAUAGUUUGUGUACAUAUCUUGGGACAUACUGUAUAUUAUAUAAUUUGUGUUUAUUUUUUGGGACAUGCGGAAUAUUAAAUAGUUUACGUUCAUUUUUUGGUACACACUGUAUAUUAUAUAGUUUGUGUUCAUAUCUUGGGACAUAGUGUAUGGUUUAUGUUCAUUUUUUGGGACAUACUGUAUAGUGUAUGGUUUAUGUUCAUUUUUUGGGACAUACUGUAUAGUGUAUGGUUUACAUUCAUUUCUUGGGACGUACUGUAUAUUAAAUAAUUUGUGUUCAUUUCUUGGGACAUACUGUAUAUUAUAUAGUUUGCGUUCAUAUCUUGGGACGUACUGUAUAGUGUAUGUUUUGUGUUCAUUUCUUGGGACAUACUGUAUAUUGUAUGGUUUGUAUUCAUUUCUUGGGACAUACUGUAUAUUGUAUGGUUUGUGUUCAUUUCUUGGGACGUACUGUAUAUUAAAUAGUUUGUGUACAUAUCUUGGGACAUACUGUAUAUUAUAUAAUUUGUGUUUAUUUUUUGGGACAUGCGGAAUAUUAAAUAGUUUACGUUCAUUUUUUGGUACACACUGUAUAUUAUAUAGUUUGUGUUCAUAUCUUGGGACAUAGUGUAUGGUUUAUGUUCAUUUUUUGGGACAUACUGUAUAGUGUAUGGUUUAUGUUCAUUUUUUGGGACAUACUGUAUAGUGUAUGGUUUACAUUCAUUUCUUGGGACGUACUGUAUAUUAAAUAAUUUGUGUUCAUUUCUUAGGACAUACUGUAUAUUAUAUAGUUUGUGUUCAUAUCUUGGGACGUAGUGUAUGGUUUAUGUUCAUUUUUUGGGACAUACUGUAUAGUGUAUGGUUUGUGUUCAUUUCUUGGGACAUACUGUAUAUUAAAUAGUUUGUGUUCAUAUCUUGGGACAUACUGUAUAUUAUAUAAUUUGUGUUCAUUUUUUGGGACAUGCUGUAUAUUAAAUAGUUUGUGUUCAUUUUUUGGGACACGCUGUAUAUUAAAUAGUUUGUGUAGAUUUUUUGGGACAUGCUGUAUAUUAUAUAGUUUAUGUUCAUUUUUUGGGGCAUACUGUAUUGUGUAUAGUUUACGUUCAUGCCUUUGGACAUACUGUAUAGUAUAUAGUUUAUGUACAUGUCUUGGGACGUACUGAAUAUUAAAUAGUUUGUGGUCAUUUUUUGGGACAUGUAGUAUAUUAUAUAGUUUAUGUUAAUUUCUUGAGACAUACUGUAUAUUAUAUAAUUUAUGUUCAUUUCUUGAGACAUACUGUAUAUUAAAUAGUUUGUGUUAAUUUUUUGGGAUAUGCUGUAUAUUAUAUAGUUUAUGUUCAUUUCUUGGGACAUACUGUAUUCUGUAUAGUAUACGUUCAUAUAAUUUCUUUGGAUAUACUAUAUAGUUCAUGAUAAUUCCAUUGGACAUACUGUAUAUUAUAUAGUUUUUCAUUUGUUUUGGGCACGCUGUAUGUUAUUACUAGUUGAAAUCUUUUUAAUGUUUGUACAGAGUGGCUCACAUUCAAAAGUAUUACGUAAAUGGUGGAAAAAAUUUUUUUAGAUACAAUAAUGAUGUUAUAUAGCUUGUCCCAAUUUUUAUACGUAUGAAACUGUUAGAUUCCACCACGAAAUUAUGUCACGUCUUGAUACUGAAACAACUUCUAUUAUACAUUUUAUGACAUUUUAUUGAUUAAAACACCCUGUAUAUAUAUAA